AAUUCGCUACCUUCAUUUUCAAUAGAAAUAAAAUUGCUUAAGGAGACUUACAUAGAUAAUUAGGAUAUAUGGAUAAAUUAUAAACUAAUGCUACACUUUACAAUGUUCAAUUUGUUUUCUAAUACGCAUUUAUUAUUAUAUUUAUUUAUUAUUUAAUAUCUAUGUUGAAAACCGUUAAGGUCACACAAAGUUUCUUACCUCAAUUAGUUUUUCAUUAGAUAAAUCUUUUAUUGGGAAGCUCUUUAACUAAGGGACACGAUUACUUUUCAAACUUAUUUUAUUAGGAAUUGCAAACAACGGACUUUGCAUAAGGUCGGCAUCGAGUCUACAGAAAUUAUGAAAGUGUGGACAGUUAUUAUAAUUACUGUGCGGCACUAAUAUCAACAAGUGCUUAAAAAAGCAAUUGGAUUUAUUAAUCGAUGUUAUUAAUUUAAGAAGAUAUUAAUUAACGCGUUCGCGGGCAGUAAAAAUUUCAGUGAGAUGCAAAAAAUUACAGUCAUUUUAUUUUAAAAUUAAUUGUGAUUUGCGAUAUGUGAUUGAAUACAUUUUCUGAGAGUAGUUAGAAGAUGAAUGAAGUUAUUCUACCGGGAUGACCAUUAUAGCAUUCACAUAAGAAAAAAAAAAAAGAAACAAGGACAAUGAGAGAAUCUGCAUUCUUUCAAGUGUACUUAAAUUUACGAAUUUAAAUAAUCUUUAAGUAAUUUUGUAAAUACACGGAGAAAAAAUAAAAUAAUAUGAAAAAACGUGAAGAAUCAGUUAAUCAAUGCAUCGGUAAUUACAAUAGUUUAAUUAAACGAAAAAUAAUUGGCUUUCGUAGCAUUUAUGUCAUUUUGCAUCGCAAUGAAAACGAAUGCUGUAGCAUUCACAGUCACGAACGUGUUUAGCGGAUUUUAUAGAAGAAAUAUUUGGUAUUGAAAUAAUUUAUUUUAUUAUUAUUGAUCAUUUUUCCCAUAUAACACGAUUUCGCAGCAAUUGUCAUCUGCUAUUUUACAAUUUUAUAAAAUUUCAUUGCUGGCAAUAUUAACACAAAAUAAGAAAACAAAACCAAGGCAACACGUGUAAAAGGCAUAACAAAUAUGGUUAAUUUAAAAAAGGAAUUGCAAAAGUGUAAGCAUCCCAAUAGUCGUAAAACUAAGGCUUUAAGUAAGAAGGCUCGACGUCAAAAUAACAAACAUAAACAAAGGCUUGGACAUGCCAUCAAAAGUAACAUUUUGGGCGAAAAAUUGAAUUGGUUUCGUGAACGCAUUGAGGGCGAUAGACAGACGCCUUUAACACCUGAAGAAUUUGAGCAAUUAAUAAACUUAUACUUAAAACGUUUCGAUGAAGAAUUAGAACAGAUUUCCUUAAAACAGUCGAUUAGCAAGAGCCGAAAUAGACAGCAUUGCGCUCGACAGGAUGUUAUUCGAACUACUAUCGAAAGGGAAAGUGACGAGUAUAGAACAGGUGGAAUAGAACUUCUGAAUCUCUGCGAUUCAGUUAAAUUUAAAGCGCUUAAAGACUGGGAUGGAAGUGCCAUUAACGUACAACACUUUAAAAUGGACUUAAUAUCACAAAAUUUACUGCGAAGAAUGAAAAGGGAACUUGAGAAAAAUACUAUUGGAGAAAACGAAAACAAAACG